AUGCCUCGUAAAAAGAAUAAAAAAUGUUCACAAUCCGUUUCAUCUAUAAAUACUAUUGCAGAGCAAUGGCUCGAAGAGCCUACUAACCCAGUAUCUGAUAAGUCGCAAUUCACAACCACUACAUGUGCAGUAACAGCUACAGAAUUGCAAGAACUUUUACAGCAAGGGGUUAAGCUUAAAAAAAUUAAUCAAGUAUUAGAAUAUAAUCGAGAUAACGAUCCCUGGAUUGAUAACUUCAUUCAUCUUUCAAUGGAACUCGAGAAGCAGAGCAAGGAUCCUAAAGAGAAAGCAUAUCACAAAUUAAUGAGAGAAAUCUUUAAUACAAAGAUGUUUUAUGAAGCAUCCAAACAAGAUAGGUUUGAAUCCCGAGCAGAGUAUUAUAAAAAUAAAAUAGAAGACUGUGUAUUCGAGUACCUUUCUCAAGUGGGAGAAAAUAAAAAAGGAUGGUUAUCUCGUGGAGCAGUUGGGACAUUGCGUCAAGUAAUAACUUCGCAAAAAGUAUUGGAUUUGCUUGAUAUAGCUGAAAAUAAAGGACUCGAAAGUCCCAGUCAAAUUAUCAUUUAA